AUGGCUGCGUCCUCUGCUGCAGCGAGUGAGCUGCUAUAUAAAAUGAAUAAACAGAUGUUAAUAUUGUGUCCUAAAGCUUCACAUGCGAUCAGAGGAAUAAGCACAUCAAGCUCAAGAUGCGACAUUCAACCGCAGCUGCGAGCUAAACGUGCCGCCCAGCAGCUGGUGGGAGUGGUGGGCCUGGAAGUCCAUGCCCAAAUUAACUCCAACACCAAGUUGUUCUCCGGCUCACCGGCUCGCUUCUCAGCACCUCCAAACUCCCUGGUGUCACACUUUGAUGCAUCCUUACCAGGCACAUUACCCGUCCUGAACAAACGAUGUGUCGAGGCAGCAGUGAUGACGGGAUUGGCUCUCAACUGCACUAUAAACAGGAAGUCACUGUUUGACAGGAAACAUUAUUUCUACGCUGACCUCCCUGCUGGAUACCAGAUCACCCAGCAACGGCGGCCCAUCGCAGUAGACGGCGAGCUGACAUACAGCCUCCUCGGAGGAAAAAAGAGGAGCCAGGUGAUCAGGAAAAGUGUCAGCAUCAAACAGAUCCAGCUGGAGCAGGACAGCGGCAAGAGCCUCCAUGAUGACCUCCGCAGCCAAACACUCAUAGACCUCAACAGAGCAGGUGUAGGUUUAAUGGAGCUGGUGAUGGAGCCAGACAUGAGCUGCGGAGAGGAGGCUGCUGCAGCUGUCAGAGAGCUCCAGCUCAUCCUGCAAGCCCUGGGCACCUGUCAAGGCAACAUGUCUGAGGGCCAGCUGAGAGUAGACGCCAAUGUGUCCGUCCACAGACCAGGUGAGCCCCUGGGCGUCAGGACAGAGGUGAAGAACAUCAACAGCAUCCGGUACCUUGCCAGAGCUAUAGACUACGAGAUCCAGAGACAGAUCGAAGUCCUGCAGAGAGGGGGGACGGUGCAAAACGAGACCCGGGCAUAUGAUUCCAAAUCAGGAGAGACCAUUCCUAUGAGGGACAAAGAGGGUCUCCAGGACUACAGGUUUUUGCCAGAGCCCAACCUGCCCCCUCUGAUUGUGUAUGAGGAUAACGCAUCGCUGCCCACUGGCAUUGAUGCGUGCCAGGCGGUGGUGGUGCAGAAGAUAAGGGAAGGGCUGCCGGAGCUGCCCAGUGUCAAAAGAGACAGGCUGGUGCAAACAUACGGCAUCCUGCCUGAGCACAGCUUUACUCUAGUGAAUGAGGACGGGCUGGUGGAGUACUUUGAGGCGGUGUUGAAGGCGACCAAGAAGGAGCCGAGGAAGGUGAUUGGCUGGGUGACAAAUGAGCUGGUGGGUCACCUCAAACAGCAAGACAUGAGUGUGAGCCAGAGCCCAGUCUCUCCUUCGGCUCUGGCUGAGCUGCUGGAGCUCCAGGAAACAGGACACAUCUCCUCUACGGCUGCCAAGCAGGUGUUCCAGGAGAUGUGGACAUCACCGGGCAAGACGGCGCCACAGAUCAUCCAGGAGCAGGACUUGGGUCUUGUUAGUGACAUUGCACAGCUACACAGCAUCUGCCAGAAGGUGGUUGACUCGCACCCCAAUGAGGUUCAAGCCAUCAGAAAUGGAAACAAGAAAGUUCUGAACAAGCUGAUGGGUCUGGUUCGGAAAGAGACCCAAGGCCGAGCGGACCCAGUUCUGGUGAGGUCGAUUUUACAAGAGAAGACUUCAUGAAGAUCGGACUGCUCUGCAAGACUCAGCCGUAGCAUAAAACUAUUGACGGUCCAGCUGAAAAUGAAGCUACCAUCCUCAGUUACUGAGAGGUUGUAAAUACUGAACGUUUUCUUUGGACAACAUUCAUUAUCUCUUGUAUUUAUGAGUGUAAAAAGUUAUAAAGCUUUUCAGAUAAAAUACUUUGCAGCAGUGUGUUGUGUCAAUAUUCAGUGUAUAGGAUGGAUAAUAGAGUAAAUACGUUUUCAUACUCUGACCAGGUGAUAAGAUUUGAUGAGAUUUAUAUUGUAGAAAAAGCUGCUUGAAAAUUAAAGCACCUCAAUACACGCUGAAAAACUCAUUCAGUGUUUAAGAUGUUUCAAAUUUAAAUGGUCCUCUUAGAAAAUUAAGAUUUCAAGAACAAGUCCUCUGACCAGACCUGCAUAUACCUUAAUUCAACCCUUUAAAUAUAACUUUAUGUACCAUUGGCCACAGCCAUAUUGGCAAUUGUGGUCAUUUGUGAGGCCUGAAGAUCACACAGGCAGAAGAUGAAACUGCUGACAUGACAGAUGCUCUUUUAUCAAGAGAGGCAAACCGAACUUUGUCCUUCUGAGAGA